GCCCACUCUCCGUCGCGCUGCGCCGCGUCGCGCUCAGCCUCUGGUGAAGGGCGGCGCGCUUAGGCAGGCGGUGGCGCGGCUGGAGUGCCGCGGGGAGAGCUGUGCCGGUUGCUUUCUGCAGCCGCGUCUCCGCCAGCUCUCCUCGCCGUCCCCGGGGCGCUGUGCGUCUCCAGUCCGGGACCGAAGCCGCCUGCCUUAGCGGGCGGCCAGAUCCGUGUCCCGCCUCAGCGCCCGGAGGACAUGCGGGAGAGAGAAUGAGCCAGAGGGACACGCUGGUGCAUCUGUUUGCUGGGGGAUGUGGUGGUACAGUGGGAGCUAUUCUGACAUGUCCACUGGAAGUUGUAAAAACACGACUGCAGUCAUCUUCUGUGACACUUUAUAUUUCUGAAGUUCAGCUGAACACCAUGGCUGGAGCCAGUGUCAACCGAGUAGUGUCUCCCGGACCUCUUCAUUGCCUAAAGGUGAUCUUGGAAAAAGAAGGGCCUCGUUCCUUGUUUAGAGGAUUAGGCCCCAAUUUAGUGGGGGUAGCCCCUUCCAGAGCAAUAUACUUUGCUGCUUAUUCAAACUGCAAGGAAAAGUUGAAUGAUGUAUUUGAUCCUGAUUCUACCCAAGUACAUAUGAUUUCAGCUGCAAUGGCAGGUUUUACUGCAAUCACAGCAACCAACCCCAUUUGGCUUAUAAAGACUCGGUUACAGCUUGACGCAAGGAACCGUGGGGAAAGGCGAAUGGGUGCUUUUGAAUGUGUUCGUAAAGUGUAUCAGACAGAUGGACUAAAAGGAUUUUAUAGGGGCAUGUCUGCUUCAUAUGCUGGUAUAUCAGAGACUGUUAUCCAUUUUGUUAUUUAUGAAAGUAUAAAACAAAAACUACUGGAAUAUAAGACUGCUUCUACAAUGGAAAAUGAUGAAGAGUCUGUGAAAGAAGCAUCAGAUUUUGUGGGAAUGAUGCUAGCUGCUGCCACCUCAAAAACUUGUGCCACAACUAUAGCAUAUCCACAUGAAGUUGUAAGAACAAGACUACGUGAAGAGGGAACAAAAUACAGAUCUUUUUUUCAGACUCUAUCUUUGGUUGUUCAAGAAGAAGGUUAUGGGUCUCUUUACCGUGGUCUGACAACUCAUCUAGUGAGACAGAUUCCAAACACAGCCAUUAUGAUGGCCACCUAUGAAUUGGUGGUUUACCUACUCAAUGGAUAGCAGCAUGAGGACUGCUGUACUACAAAAAAAGAAGACCAAAAGAUUAUAGUGGACCAUGGAAUAUGGAAGCCAGCAUGGCAGACAGAAGGAAAAUAGUUUGGGAACAUGUAACUAUUCUAAGUGGAAGUUUUAUUGUAGGAAUUAUAGUAAUCACACCACAUUACUUGGCCUUUCAGUAAUGUGAAAAAAAAAAAAAAAAACAACCUCAGAGCCUCCAAGGAAAUGCCUUUAGAAGCACUCCUCUCUCAAAAUUGCCAUUUUCUCUACCAUGUCCACCAAACACAGUUGGGUUUUGUUGAUUUAUGGCAGUCUUCUAAACAAAGUGAUCGUUAAUUUUACAUACUAUAUUGUAACUAUCCAAAGAUAGUAUUGGCAGUCAUAAAUUUAUAACUUCUGGCUUUUGUUUAAUUCCAGUAAAAUAACAACAAUGACAAUGAGAUCAUCAGUAUUAUUUUCACAUUUCCCUGAGAGGACCUGGCACAACAUUUUAAAUUUAAUUAUUUGGCAGUAGUCACUGUUUUUGACAACCAAUGAAAUAGCGUCUAAAUAUCUUGUAUAUUUUUUAGCAUCAAAAUGUUUUGGUUUCCACUGCUAACAGGUGCUUGAUGUCUAGCCUAAUGUGGAUAUUUAAAUUGUUAACAUACCAAACACACAUGGUAAUAGUUUGGGACAAAAUAACUAGUAAAAUGUUGAUUCUUGGCUAUUUCACUGACUACGGCAUGUCCUCGUGUCUUCUCUAAUUUUGUGGUACAUGAAUGAAUACAUUUAUCUUUUCAGUGACUUACUAGUUAUGAACUUGAAUUAUCACCUCUUUGUCAUACUUAAGUAUCAUUUACAUAAAGUGUAAAAGAUUUUUCACUUUUGAAUCUUUGCCUACUUGCUUUCACAUUCAGAAUUUGAACUUUUGGGUUUUUUCCAGGUCUAUAUAUAAUAGAUAACAUUUAUUUUGUAGAGAAAAUAGUAAUUUAAAGUUUUGCCGUUUUAAGGUGACAAUAUUUGGGACAGUAUAAAUAUAGACAGGGGCCCCCUUGCUAUCUGCUUUAGCAGGUAGUGACAUUAAUUGACUUCUAGUUUUGUAUAAGUGAACAAACUGCUUUUGACAAGAAAUUUAUUCUGUCCUAGUUUCCUGCAAGGUAAAUCAUAGAGAGAUUCGAGUUCAUUUGGGUUAAAUGUGCUAACAGGAUGUAGCUUUUAAAUUUUGCUAUUGAGUCAGCUGUACCUUUUAAUACUUUAAAUGUGUUAUUUGUAUGGCCCUUAUAAAGGUGUUUGCUGUAAUUCUGUUAAAAGACUUCGCCUGUGCUAUACUGGUGUAUAAAAACUGCCGCAAUUGGACGCCAGUGUGCUACUCAUUUCAGUAUACCUGAACUGUACAUUUUGUGCAAUGGCUUUAUCUAAAAGAAUGACGCUUCAUGAAAGCACUUUGUGGCCUUUUUUGGGGGGGAGGGUGAGAGAGUAGGAGAGAAUACUAUGUUAAGAUUUAAAAAAAAAAAAAACAAAAACAUUGGUCAUGUAUUAGGCAGAAACAGUGUUCAUAACAUUUUUCUGGGUUUUAAGUAUGUUGUUUCGGAGAUCCUUAAUAUAAAUGUUUUAGGUAUUCUGUGUACCCUGUUGUGCCCCCAACAUUAUAGAAUAUUACAGCGUGUCAUUGCAAGCUUUCUCUGCUGUCUCCACUGAAACAUAGUGCCCUGUUAAAUUCCCCAACUUUAACUUCCUUGUGAUCAACAGUAACUGGAUGUUUUUGAGGUGCUCAAUUGGAAUAAAAAUAUUCCAGUCUAUUUGGAGACCAAAGGCAAAAUCAGUUUUCUUACCUUUGGAAUUAUUUGUACCUUUUAUGGUAAAUUUCAGCUUUGACAUGUAUUAUGAGGAACAUACCAAAAACAGGUUUGUAACAAAUCUGUAGAGAAGGUCUGAAUCUAUCGUGUUUGCCUUUUCAGGUGCCAUUUCUACUGCCUAAUACAGUGCCAUUUGCCUUGUGAAGACCCAUAAACAUUCAUUGUGUUGAAUGUAAGAUAGAGACUCUCCCUAGUCUUACUGAUCUCAGUACCCCACAAAUGAUUAAGAAUGAUAUGAAAACCAGCAGCUAAGGAACAUCUUAUUAUUUAGUUGUAGCAUAUUCAUAACAAGUGUCCUUCAAGGAUGAACAUGUAUUCUCUUUCUAUUUGUAUUUAGCAAGUAAAACUUGUGUUGACCUUUAGUGCAUUAUAUUCAGCUUUUAACAGUAUUAUGUAUGUACUGGAAAGAAAAGAAAUCUUAGAGUCUUGGACAUUGUUUGUGCAACAACUAGAAAGGAGCAAUGAAGUUUAUUUCAGUUGUAUUUUUCCCUAAGCACAAUUUGCAAUAGUUUAUGUAUGACAGAGAUAAUUCGAAAAGGAAAACUAUAUAUAAAAGUUGUAUAUAAAGUUUGUCUCUGAAAUAUUUCUUUGAAGUUUUUAAAAAAUUGACUCAUGUUUAAAAACAAAAACACGUAUUCAAAGCAUUGGACUUUUUUAACUUGUUUUCAUCUGUUUAUCAUGACUUUAUUUCUGGUGUAGAGGUAGUCUACAUUAUUUAGAUUGUUGUAACUUCUAAAUUUCAAAGUUCAAAUCUGAAGAAUUAGCAAUUGUGUUUUCGGGAUACCAUGCAGUGGUUUUAAUCCCAAGAAAAAAGCUAUCACCAAAAGUUGAUUUGAUUCUCAUUAUGUAACUUUGUAGAACCAUCCUUUCUAGAUGGGUCCCCCACAGUGGAUUUGUAACUUUGAAGUCAGGAUGGAAUAUCAUUAGAUUAUCUGUGGAAUAGCAUUACUAUGUUAGGACCAGCAGAGUUUGGAUUGGUAAAAAUAAUGUUUACUCUAUUACAGGGUUACAAACAUUUCAGCAUUUUUAGGUUGGUUUUAAAUCACUAAAAAUAUUUAUUCAGAUUUGAAGGAUUUAAGUGCUAAAAACCAAUCCAUUUCUUGCCCUUCAAGAAUUGUCCAUGCCUGCCUUUUGUUGUUUACAUGCUCUUCUGCCCAGACUGUUAGUAAUCUAGGGACCCCCUUUGGAGCUGAUAAGUACAGUUCAGCCUUUUCUCCUCAAAUAUCUAAUGACUUUAACAUUCCUAAGACUAUAGGUAUUUGUGAAUGAUUUAAAUUUGAGGAAUUUUAAUACAUAAAAUACAGUGUACAAACUUUCUGCCCACUCGGAUCUCUUCUCCAUCAUGUACUUAGUAUUUCCCAUUAACCUACACACUGAUUUUUAUGCUACUCCUUGUAGAAACAAAAUUCUGGUUUGACUCAGUUUUUGUGUUUAUAAACUUUUGGAAUGUGUACCCCCGUGUAUGUGAACAAUUAUGACCUAUCAGUCAUAGCUAAAUAGUGAACCUCAAAAGUGUUAACUUUUGACUAUUAUGUGAGGUUUGGUAUCUUGCAUUUAUGUACAUGGCUGUAAAUUAUGUGCAUUUACUCUGUAUUUAUGUUAUCUAGCUGACUUUUACUUGAAUUGUUCAAAUUUUAAAAAUUAAAAUACGCUUAUGAAAA